CUGAGAGAAGUGUUGGGAGCAGGUGACAAGCAGUGACACCAAAUCCAUUGGGCUUGGUGCUGCCAUCCUCACAAACCUUCCUGGCACUGCCACAGCAGGAUGGGGAGGAUGGAUCUGGGAUCCAGAUGUUGCCUUGGGGGUGAAGAUGUGGGGCAGCAGCUCCAGCUAGGAAGCAGGAAUGAUGCUGUCAGGGGGAGAGGGGUGAGAAGCAGAGCCAGGAUUUUCCUCAGUUGUGUUUAGCAGCUGAGGUAGGGGUUAACCAGCCAAGGUGUCCAGCAGGAACAAUCCAGAUUAAAAGCACUUUCCCUCACUAAAAUUAACCCGAGGCUUUUGUAGCAGCCAGGCGGAGCUGCUGGAGCCACACGUGGUCACCCUGGGCCAUCCCAGGGGCCCUUCCCUGGCAAUUCUCCAGCCUCCAGCUCAGUUUUCCCCUUGGAGCUUCUGAUCCGUGAUUUGCCCUAUGAAUUUUGUCAAGCCCUUUUAGCUAAACUGAUCAUACAGAUGGAAUAUUGGAAUAUUAGAGUAUAGGUAUAAAAAUGGUUCCUUAGUAGCUGAUCUAUGUGUAGGUGGGGGUCCUGGGAAGCCUGGAGAUCCUGGGAGGGCUGAGGUUCCUGGGAAGUUUGUACAUUCUCAGGUGCUGGGGGUCCCGGUAGGGCUGGGGAUCCUGGAAAGGCCGGGAGGGCUGGAGGUCCAUGGAAGCCUGGGGGGUCCUGGGACCCUCUGGACCACAGCUGCCAGGCUGGGGGGCUCACGGCGGGGUGGACUGUGGUGAGCAGGGGCUGGAGCCCCUGGACAGCGAAGUGUAGCCUCUCCCAGCCUGCAGGAGGAGGGGAACUGAGGCAGGAGAUGCAAUUCCCGCCCCAUGGAGCCCCUUGCUUCCCCUGGCUGGGCUCCGAGGGAGGUGUCGCUGCCCGGGCCAUCGGGACGCCUUUGUGCCGACUCAGCAUUCUGCCGGGCACCGCCGGGAGCUCCGUGACCACCGGAGCGGGACCUGCCAGCGGACCGGGCGGCGGCCACAGCUCUGCGGAAAGCCGGCCUGACUCCGUGGGACGGCCGGGGGACACCGGGGACACUCCGGCUGAGCAGGACCCGCUGCCAUGGGCUCCCGGCACUUCCCGGCCCGGACCGUGCUCUUCGAGAAGGAGUCCAACGGUGUCACGUACCGCGUGCCUGCCCUGCUCUACCUGCCCUGCGUGGCCAAGCUGCUGGCGUUCGCCGAGGAGCGGCUCAGCGCCGACGACGCCCACGCCAACCUGCUGGUGCUGCGCCGUGGCACCAUCUACGGCAGCUACGUGGAGUGGGAAGACAUGCGUGUGCUGGAGACGGCGACGCUGCAGCACCACCGGUCAAUGAACCCCUGCCCCCUCUACGAUGAGUUCACGGGCACGCUCUUCCUCUUCUUCAUCACGGUGCUGGGCAGGACACCUGAAGCCUACCAGAUUGUCACUGGCCAAAAUGUCACCCGCCUCUGCUGUGUCACCAGCGCUGACCAGGGCCUGAGCUGGAGCACAGCCACAGACCUGACACAGCAGGUCAUUGGGGCGACCAUCAAAGACUGGGCGACGUUCGCGCUGGGCCCCGGGCACGGGAUCCAGCUGCGCUCGGGCCGGCUGCUGGUGCCUGCCUACAGUUACCACAUCGACUGCAAGGAGUGCUUCGGGCAGCUCUGCAAGACCACCCCGCACUCCUUCGCCUUCUACAGCGACGACCACGGCCGCGGCUGGCGCUUCGGGGAGUUCAUCCCCAACCUGCAGACGGGCGAGUGCCAGCUGGUCUCUGUGGACGAGGAGGACGGAUCCAACGUCCUCUACUGCAACGCCCGCAGCCCCUUGGGCUUCAGGGUCCAGGCGCUCAGCACGGAUGACGGGGCCGUCUUCCACGGGGGGCAGCUGGUGCAGCGGCUGGUGGAGCCGCCCCACGGCUGUCACGGCAGUGUCAUCGGCUUCCCCGCGCCGCUCGUGUACGUCCCCACCGCCUCCCGGGACACCGCGCUGCCCCUCCGGGGCUCGGUGUGCCGGCGGCUUCCUGGGGCGCUCCGGGGGUCCCGCCAGGCAGGAGGGGCUGAGCUGCCCACCGGCAACCACCGAGAGCCAGACGAGCCCGAUGAGGACUGUCCUACCCCAGGGCAUCACGGUGAUGCCAACAGUGUCACCUCAGCCCAGGGGGACUCUGCAGCAACCCCCAGCCCCACUCCCUUCUUCCAAGCACCAACGUGGAUCCUCUACUCCCACCCCACCAGCUCCAUGUCGCGGGUGAACAUGGGGGUUCACCUGAGCACCUUCCCCAGGGACGCAGAGAGCUGGACAGAGCCCUGGGUCAUCUACGAGGGCCCGAGCGCCUACUCGGACCUGGCGUACAUGGAGCUGCCCUACAGGGACGCGCCGCUGGCCGGCGGCACGGCCAUCGCCUUCGCCUGCCUCUAUGAGAACGGGAUGAGGUCUCCCUACGAGCAGAUCUCCUUCAGCAUGUUCACGCUGCACGACGUGCUCCAGAACAUCCCCCUGGCAGCCGCUGCUCCCCGCCGGGGCCGCGGGGGGAAGAGGAGGAGGAGGAGGAGCUGCUUCAUCUCCUAGAGCCCGCCCAGGGCAGCUCCCCACACCGCCCCAGUGCUGGAUCCUGGAGCACCAACCCAUAGGCUGGGUCCUGCCACCGGCCAGCACAGAGGUGUGUUACUGUCCCCACACUAGGGUCUAUCUCAUUUUUAUUGCUAUCUUUUUAAUUCUGUUUUGGGUGGGGAGUCUUUUGCCCCCAGCCCAGCCUCAGGCUCCUCUCCUCUCCUCUGGAAACAGAUAUUGGGGGGCAACAGCAGCAGUGGCAGCCAGGGGUACCCUGUGCCAUCCCUGUGUGCUGGCUCAGGGGAUGUGGUACCACCACCCUGCCCCGAGGGCUGUCCUCCUCUUGUUAGAAAUAGUUACACUAUAUAAAUAUGGUAUAUCAUGUUAAAUUCUUUCUUUUUCAUGAAAAGGCUUUUUCUCAAUGAUGUCUCUGAAGUCACUCUGAGGGUUUGGGCUGGGGUAGAGUCCUGUUCCUUCAUUGUGGCUGGGAUGGGGCUGGAUUUUAUAUUUGGGCUGAUGAUAAAGAAAUGUUUGUACUGCAUUACUUGUCUGUCUGGGCUUUUAGUUCUCUCUCUUCAUUUUUUCAUUACAAUUUUUUAUUAUUCAUUAUUAUUUCAUUACAUUUUCCUUUUCAUUACAAUUUGUUUUUAUUAUUUCAAUUAUUAAAGUGUUUUUAUG